UGCGCCUGCGCAGAAGCCAGGCGCGCCGGGGCGGCUGGAGCGGUUCCCUCGCAGGCGGCGCCAUUUUGUGCGAGGAGCCGACGGAAGACCGGCCCGGUUCUGUGAGAAGUGGGCAGCGGAGCCAGGCUUCCUGGAAUGGCGGAGACUCUGUCGGGCCUGGGGGAUUCGGGAGCGGCGGGCACAGCGGCUCUGAGCUCCGCCUCGUCGGAGGCCGGGACGCGUCGCCUCAGCGAGCUGCGGGUGAUCGACCUGCGGGCGGAGCUGAGGAAGCGGAACCUGGAUUCGAGCGGCAACAAGAGCGUGCUGAUGGAGCGGCUGAAAAAGGCCAUCGAGGACGAAGGUGGGGACCCCGACGAGAUCGAAGUCAGCUCCGAGGGCAGCAAGAAGAUGUCCAAGAGGUCCAGCAAAGGGCGGAAGCCAGAAGAAGAGGAAGUGGAAGAUAACGGGCUCGAGGAGAAUUCUGGGGAUGGACAGGAGGACGUGGAGACCAGUCUGGAGAACUUGCAGGACAUCGACAUGAUGGACAUCAGUGUGCUGGACGAAGCCGACAUCGACAACGGGAGCGUUGCGGAUGGCGGGGAGGAGGAGGACGCCGAGCCCCUGCAGGAGUCCCUGUCUGACAGCAGAGAGCUGGCCGAGGCCGCGGCGAGAGGGCUUCCGGAGCCGCUUCCCGAGCACGCUGUAGAGGACAAAGAAACUAUAAACAAUUUAGAUACUUCAUCAUCUGACUUCACUAUAUUGCAGGAAAUUGAAGAGCCGUCUCUGGAGCCAGAAAAUGAGAAAAUACUCGACAUUUUGGGGGAAACUUGUAAGUCUGAGCCAGUAAAAGAAGAAGGUUCCGAGCUGGAGCAGCCAUUUGCACAGGAUACAAGUAGCGUGGGGCCAGACAGGAAGCUUGCGGAGGAAGAGGACGUUUUUGACAGCGCUCAUGCUCAUCCGGAGGAGGAGGAGGAGUUGGAGGAGGAGGAGGAGGAAGAGGGAGAUUUAGAUUUGGCCAGCGAGUCAACACGAGCUCAGUGGAGCAAGGCAGACGCGCUGGUAGACACGGGUGGGGAGCCCGUGGCGCAGACGGGCGGAGGCGCCAGGACGGACUGUGAGCCUGUAGGGCUAGCCGAGCCAGUUGAGCAGAGUAGCGCGGCCUCAGAGCUCGCGGAGGCCUCUAGCCAGGAGGUCGCGGAAGCGCCCACGGAAGCCCCAAGCCCAGAGCCCAGAGAUAGCAAAGAAGACGUGAAGAAGUUUGCUUUUGAAGCUUGUAAUGAAGUCCCUCCGGCUCCUAAAGAGUCCUCAACCAGUGAGGGCGCUGAUCAGAAAAUGAGUUCUGUCGACGAUGACUCGGACACGAAGCGGCUCUCCAGAGAGGAAAAGGGUCGUAGCAGUUGUGGCCGGAAUUUCUGGGUUAGUGGGCUCUCUUCUACAACCAGGGCUACGGACUUGAAGAACCUCUUCAGCAAGUAUGGGAAGGUGGUGGGCGCCAAGGUUGUGACAAACGCCCGGAGUCCUGGAGCUCGCUGUUACGGAUUUGUCACGAUGUCCACAGCAGAGGAGGCCACCAAGUGCAUCAACCACUUGCACAAGACGGAGCUGCACGGGAAGAUGAUCUCCGUGGAGAAGGCAAAAAACGAGCCUGCUGGGAAGAAAACCUCUGACAAAAGAGACAGCGAGGGGAAGAAGGAGAAGGCGAGCGCCAGUGACAGAUCUGCCGCCCUCAAGAGGGACGAGAAAGCUGACAGGAAGGAGGAGGCCAGAAAGAGUGAGGAGGGGGCCGGGGAGAAGACCAAAGACUCCGAUGAGCAGAAGCCCGGGCCCUCGGACGCAGCUCGAGCCACCAAGUCAGGAAGCCGGGGCGCCGAGCGGACCGUGGUCAUGGACAAGUCUAAGGGCGUGCCCGUGAUCAGCGUGAAGAUGUCUGCGUCCAAGGAGCGGGCCUCCAAAAGCCAAGACCGCAAGUCGGCCAGCAGGGAGAAGCGGUCUGUCGUGUCCUUUGAUAAGGUCAAGGAGCCUCGCAAGUCCAGAGACUCGGAGUCACGCAGGGAGCGGGAGCGCAGUGAGCGAGAGCAGCGCCUGCAGGCUCAGUGGGAGCGCGAGGAGCGCGAGCGGCUGGAGUUUGCCCGGGAGCGCCUGGCCUUCCACCGGCAUCGGCUGGAGCGCGAGCGCAUGGAGCGGGAGCGGCUGGAGCGCGAGCGCAUGCACGUGGAGCAGGAGCGCCGGCGCGAGCAGGAGCGCAUCCACCGCGAGCGCGAGGAGCUGCGGCGCCAGCAGGAGCUGCGCUACGAGCAGGAGCGGCGGCCCGCGGCUCGGCGGCCCUACGACCUGGACGGCCGGCGGGACGACGCCUACUGGCCGGAAGCCAAGCGGGCCGCCCUGGACGAGCGCUACCACUCGGACUUCAGCCGCCAGGACCGCUUCCACGACUUCGACCACAGGGACCGGGGCCGCUACCCCAACCACUCCGUGGACAGGAGAGAAGGUUCAAGGUCCAUGAUGGGAGACCGAGAAGGCCAGCAUUACCCUGAGCGCCACGGAGGACCGGAGCGCCACGGCCGAGACUCCCGCGACGGGUGGGGCUAUGGCUCUGACAAGAGGAUGAGCGAAGGCCGGGGGCUGCCUCCUCCCCCCAGGGGCAGACGAGACUGGGGGGACCACGGCCGGAGGCUGGAGGAUGACCGGGCGUGGCAGGGUGCCGCCGACGGGGGCAUGAUGGACAGGGACCACAAGCGGUGGCAAGGUGGGGAGAGGAGCAUGUCGGGGCACUCCGGGCCGGGCCAUGUGAUGAACCGCGGAGGCAUGUCCGGGCGCGGCAGCUUCGCCCCCGGCGGGGCCUCCCGGGGCCACGUGAUCCCGCGUGGCGGCAUGCAAGGCGGCUUCGGGGGACAGAGCCGGGGGAGCAGGCCCAGUGAUGCCCGCUUCACCCGCCGCUACUGAGCCCUGGACCCUGUGUUCCCGGCCCCUGGCAACAGGAGUAUGUUGUUAGUACCUCCCCCCUGUACAAAUCAUUUUUUUAUCUGCUGCCAUAUUGUAGCUCAAUACAAUGUGAAUUUGUUUUUGUUUCGUUUUGUUUUUUUGUAAUAAAGGUGUUUCUGUUCACACA